AUGCACUUCGGCCCCACCGCGCCGCCGCGGAGCUUUCUGCGCCUGGGUCCCACGCCGCCCGCGUACGGGGUGACGCGCCUGGGCCUGACGCCGCCCAUUCUGGACACGGACGCCGCGGCUCUGGGCCCGACGCCGCCGCUGCGGAGCCACGCCCGCCUCGGGCCAACCGCGCCGCCGCCGGGGAGGGCCAGGUUCGGCAGCCCGCCGCCCGCGCCCGACCCCGUGCAGCUGGGCCCCUCGCCGCUGGCGCGCCAGCCCACGCGCCCCGGGCCCACGCCGCCGGCCACGAGCGCCUCGCGCCCGGCCCCGCCGCCGCCGGCGCUGGACAGCAUCCACCCGGGCCCCCCGCCGCCGCCCAGGGACGGCAUCCGCCCAGGAUCCGUGCCCCCCGCCUCCGGCACGGCCCGGCCCGGGCCUCCGCCCACCGCGCCCGACGCCGCGGAGCUGGGCUCGCCGCCGCCGCCGCGGCAGCCCCUCCGCGCUGGCCCGACGCCGCCGCCCGCGGGUCUGUCCCGCUGCGGCCCGCCGCCGCCGGCGCCGGACCUCCUGCACCUCGGGCCCACGCCGCCGACACGGAGCCCCUCGCGCACGGCGUCGCCGACGCCGACCGCGGGCACGCUGCAGUCCGGCCCGGCACUCGCCGCACCCGACUCCUCGCAGUCUGGCGCCCGGGGGCGGGCAAAGAUGCUCGG